UUUAAAAAGUUAGGCUUGGCAGUGCUAGGCCGUUGGCGGCUGCAGAUGAUAUGUUCCUUCUAUCAACAGUGCAUAUCCACUUCACACGUAACCGAACGAAAAACCAUUAAAAAAUCAGUGUUAUUGUAUUCACUGUAAUCACCGCUGAUGAAUCAUUGCAGGUCACUCUUCAGAGUCGAUCGCGCUUGGAAAUUAACAAACCCUUAUGUCAUAUCGGUAUCACACUUGCAGUGCUGUUCUCAUCAUAGUCUGAACUAUAAUUGGAUAUUGGGUGGGACAAAAGAUACACAAAGUGCGAUGGAUGGGAAAAAAGGGAAAAAGUACACUCCCACAUGGAGACGGAAACCACUUUGUACUCAAUCUAGUUCUAAUGAGGGAUGUUCGGUGAAGGAUAUUAAGGUUGAGUUUAACAUUUUGCCUAAUGUGGAGGAUGGUGGAAAGCUAGAAGUUGGAAAUCAUGUCCAAGAAGCACAGUAUAGCACUUAUAGUGGUGCUUCAAAUGCUCAACACGCCCCUGAGGAAUCUGAAGUAGCAAAUGAACCAGCUGAGACAACUCUUAGUUCUGCAGAAUUGCAGGAUAAUGAUGAAGGCAGAGUUCCAGGACGUGAACCAUUGCUUUCUGCUGAAAAGCAUUCAAUGUCAAUGGAGAUAGGAGCUUCCUUAAUGCGUUUCAUCAAAGGAAAAGAGGGAUCUACACAGAAAAAAAUUGAAGAGGAAAUGGGUGUUAAAAUCAUAUUUCCCUCCUCAAAGAAGGAGGAUUCUAUCAUCAUUGAAGGUAUUUCUACUGAAGAUGUAACUAGAGCUCUGGCAAAAGUACAAGUCAUAGUUGAUGAGGUAGUUAAAAGCCCACGUCUUGACUACUCUCACUUCGUGUCGCUUCCCCUGGCUUUACAUGCUGAACUGGUUGAUAAGCUCUUCAAUUUUCAGAACUGCAUACUGGGAAUCAGUGAUCCUAACCAAGAUGAGAGUCUGGAUAGUGAUUCAAACGAAUGUGCUUCAGAAGAUGAUGAUAAGGACCAGCUGUUAGAUAGAGCAAGUGAUGUUUCAGUUAAACUUACAGUCAACAAUGAUAGUGAACAUGUUAAAUUGGGUUUAACCAAUAUACGUCGUGUAAGUUACCCACCUAAAACAUCAAAGUCUUCCACUUCAUCUGCUGAUCACAAAAUACAGUCUUCUGCCUUAUCAGAUCUGGGUAUUGAGAAAUCUAUAUUUAUUAAACCAAAAACGUUUCACUUAACCGUACUUAUGCUGAAGUUGUGGAACAAGGAUCGAGUUAAUGCCGCUGCUGAGGUUUUGCAGAGUGUCUCCUCAAGAGUAAUGGAUGCCUUGGACAAUCGGCCUGUCUUUAUAAAGCUUAAAGGGCUGGAAUGCAUGAAAGGUUCUUAUAACAGAGCACGUGUUCUCUAUGCUCCAAUAGAAGAAAUCGGGGGCGAGGACAGACUCUUGCGUGCCUGUCAAGUCAUUAUUGAUGCUUUUGUUGAAGCUGGUCUUGUUCUUGAAAAAGAUGCUCAACAAAAGUUGAAGUUGCAUGCCACCGUGAUGAAUGCAAGGCACAGGAAAAGCAAGAAAAAGACACGAAAUUGGGAUUCCUUUGAUGCACGAGGCAUUUUCAAGCAGUAUGGUUCUGAGGAAUGGGGCGAGUAUGUUAUCCCUGAAGCUCAUCUUUCACAAAGAUUUAUGUUUGAUGAAAAUGGGUAUUACCAUUGUAUUACUUGCAUUCCUUUUCCUGAAAGCAACUAGAUUUUGUGCUGAAGCCCAAUGUCGGGCUUAUACUAGUAUAAACAAUGGGAGGGUUUAUUGAUUUUGAGUUAUUAUUCUUUGCUGAUAAGUGAUAACUAUUAUUUAUGAUC